CGAUGUGUGUUUUUGCAGUCUGGGUGUUUCUGGGAAUCCUUCUCUGUGCACCGUACCAGUGUUUGGAGUGUCCUUUUGUCUGUGAGUGUUUUGCCGUCACUCGCACAGUGAAAUGUGUUUCUAAGGAUCUGCUCACGGUGCCACAGAGUAUCCCAGGAUAUGCAAAGACUGUCAUCAUCACAGGGAAUAAUAUACAUCACAUUGGACCUGAUUCGUUUACAGAGCUGGAGAAUGUCAGCAACAUCAUUUUAAGCAAUAAUAGGAUUACAGAGAUGGCGUCUCACAGCUUCUCUUCCCUCAUCAACUUGCGCUUCCUGGACCUCAGUGAGAACCACCUGGCCCUCAUUCAUCCAGAAGCUCUCAGCAUACCUGGCAGUCCCCUCCAGGAGCUCAACCUGAGCCGCUCGCUGUACAACUUCACAGCCCUGACGGACCUCACCACAGCUCUACGCUGGGGCGGCCUCAGGGGGCUCCUCCGCCUAGACCUCUCUGGGAACCACCUCGCCCUCCUGCCCCCGGGGAUGUUCUCUCACCUUCCCAACCUGCAGCAGCUCUUCCUCACUAACAACUCUCUGAUGGCUGUCUACAGUGGAACCUUCUCUGGAAUGAGCCACCUGGAGGUGCUGGACCUUACUCGCAACGCCUUCAUGACCUUCAGGGCUGAUGCUCUACAAGAGCUGGAGAAGCUUGGGAACAUCCGAAUCUUUCUUGGUGACAAUCCCUACACCUGCUCCUGUGAGAUCAGAAAUUUUGUGGCCUGGCUGAAUGAAUCAAGAGCCCAGGUGGAUGUGGACGCUGUGAGGUGUGCCUCGCCGAGAGGGUUAAGCAACACCCGACUGCGAGGACUAAGCAUCCAGGCUAUUGGAUGUGUUGUUCCAGUCCAAGCAGAGGUGACGGACCUCACCCUGCAGACAUCAUAUGUCUUCCUAGGGCUGGUGCUGGGCUUUGUGGGCAUGGUCUUUCUCUUUGUUCUCUACCUGAACCGCAAGGGUAUGAAGAAAUGGAUCACUGAUAUGAGAGAUGCGUGUCAGGACGUUCUGGAGGGGUAUCACUACCGAUAUGAGAUUGACUCAGACCCUCGGCUGGGGCACAUCGCCGCAAAUAAUGGUGGCAGCGGGGCACGAGGGCACUUAGGAUUACCUUUGUCACAGCAGCUGCCAAGUGACACCUGUAUUGUUCCUCCAGAAAAACAUGUCAAACAGCUGAAAACAUCUCCACCUUUGAACCUAUGAUCCUUUAAUGAAGCUAGAAUCAUUUGAAAACGAUGUAGAUGUGUAUAGUUUAUGCCGGUAGAUUUCCAAGUCAUGUUUUUGAGCCUCCUGUACAUAAUGCAGUUACAACCUACAAAUCUCACUUUAAAAGUGCCUUUGUGUUGUUGAGGCACUUGUGUUUAUAAAUUUACCUUAGAAGAAC